AUGACCGACGUUGUGACCGAGUGGCUGCACUACCACACCCACCAGCCGCCGAAGCGGAAGCGUGCAGAUCUCGUGUGCCUCUCCUGUCACUCCAAAAAAGUGAAAUGCGACCUGCAGAGUAAGGGCGACGGCAUCUGUUCGAAUUGUGACUCGGCAGGGCGGGAAUGCCAGAUCUACCCGUCCAAGCGCAAAAAGAGCAACCGCGAGCUUCCUCAGGAUGCGACGCAUGCGAAUGGCUACCGACGCUCACCAUCACUCCCCGACGAAACCCGCAUCGAUAGUCCUGCCCCCGCUGCCUCCCCUCAACCGCAAACUCCCAUGAUCGCGAUCCAAGCCCUUCCAACGGCCCCGCAACUUCCGCCGUCCGCGACUCUUCCUACUAUCGUGAUUCCAACGCCUCACCGCCGCCAGGACCAAUGCCACCAACAGCGACAACAGCGGCAGCAGCAGGAGCCCCAGCGGUGCUCUCCAUGCCAGCAACAGUCGCAACCACAGCAGCCUGUGCUGUCCCUCAAUGGGACUCCGCCCUCACAGCAGGGUGUCGAUCCGGCAGGAGCGCCCACGGGAAGAAGCAACCCGAGCGACGUCGACACGGGUUUCCUCCACGUCUUCGGCCCGGAAAACCAGAUUGACGCGGAGCAACAGGAGUUCGAGGCGUCACUGGGACGUGGCUACAAACUGUCAGACACGCAGCAACAAGAACUCCAGCAGAUCUUUGCCGAAACGUACCUAGAGUACUGCUACACAUGGUGUCCCGUACUCGACAUGGACAGCCUAUCCUCUGACACGCUGCGGUCCUCCCUGCUGGGAAACGCCCUCGCCCUGGUUGGCAGCCAUAUCCGGCCGCCUCUGAUACCCCACGACGGACCCGCCGCCUACUACAAGAAGGCAACCUCAAUCCUCUACAACGAUGAGGAAGCCGACGGCCUCGCCACUCUCCAGGCCAUCGCGCUCUUCUACUGGUGGGCGCCUCGUUCCCCCGCGGUGGCCCACCGGCACUCAUCCUGGUGGUGGACCUCAGUCCUCAUUCGUCACGCCCAACAGAUGAAUUUCCACCGCGAACCCAGCCCCCACUACCCCCACCGGGACGCCCUCAACCUAGGCCUACGGCGCCGCAUCUGGUGGACCGCCUUUGCCCGCGAGCGGCUCACGGCUCUCUGCCAAAGCAAGCCCUGCAUCAUCGACCCGGCAGACUGCAACAUCAAGGAACCCACGCUGGCCGACUUUCCCCCGGAUCCCAAGAUGCAGCGCAAAGGAGAAAUCUUCAUCUAUUGGGUCCGUCUCUGUGCCAUCAUGGGCCGAAUAGCCAAGAGCCUCUCUCGCUCGGCGUCUUCGACAUACACCCCAUCCCCUGCGUCUCCCACCUCCCCGGCUCACCUUCGCCAAGAACUCGUCGACUGGGUCCACUCCCUCCCCCUGCAUCUACAGCUCCCCAUCGGCUCCAACCGCACCGACUCGGAGCUGUUCGACCGUGACGUGCACCAGCUCCACCUGCCAUACCUCACCACCAUCAUCGUCCUCCACCUCCGCCGCCAACCCGGGUCGGGGUUGCCGCAGGCGCUGCCGCCGGCCAUCCUGGCCGCCUCGUGCAUCGCGCGCAUCCUCCGGGACAUACUCUCGCGCGGCGACGCGCGGUUCCUGAUGCCCAUCACGUGCUGGUACAGCGGGACCGCCUUCAUCGCCCUUCUCCAGGCAUGCCGGGUGGCGAGCUUGGCCGGCGACGCCAGCGACGGGCUCGACGUCCUGACCCACGCCGUCGAGCAUUUGAGGCAGAUGUGGGGAUCGGCCAAGGUGGUGCGGCAGGCGUUCGACCGGCUGCGGCAAUCGCAUGCGGAAGAUCAUGGGAACGCGACGGCGACGCAAACACGGCUUGGACCGGAGCCGGGGCCGGGGUCGACACCGGGCGGUGCAGGACGGCCCGGGGCGGAGGAUGUGCAUCUGCAUGCGCCGCCGUCGUUAUUGCCGCUUGGUGGAACCAGCGCGAGGGCGCCAUGCGCGCACGACGAAGCGGACUUUGACUGGACAGCCUUGUUCCCAUUUGUCACGCGGUCUACGGGUGGGAUCGCGAAUGCGCUGAUCCCGGGACCUGGGCCGGGCAUGGCGACGAGGUUUCCGUCGCCUGAGAGCUUGCUGUUUCAGGAAUCGUUUAUGCUGGAUUACCACGGUCUGCUUGAGCCGUUUGGGUAUGGUGAUGACGGAAUGCCACUGUAG